AUGGCCGUCGACAUCAAGGGCAGAGGCGAAAUAGGCUGUGCGUACUACAUUGCAGGCGAGGAGAAACUCUUAUGCAUGGAAGAGGUCAUUGGUGGUGCCACGGAUGUCGUUGACAAAUUGAAACUGGACCUUCAGCCCACGAGAGUCAUCCUCUCCCUCCGCUUAGAUGUUACCUCAGAGUCUGAUGAUCCUCGAUCACGCCAAAAUGUAUCUCUGGUGGACGAUGACGAUCGGCAGCCUCUGCCGUAUCAAGUUGAGAUACGCCCGACACCUGAAUUCAACUACGAGGACGCUCUGAACAAGUUGAUUGGACUGUCUUCCUUUGCUGAGGAUACCUCGACUCAAUUUCUCGUCCCAGGCGACUCCAUGGGAAACGACGAAAGGUUGCAGCCAGAAGAGCUCGGCCUGACAAAGAGACGAGGCACGCUGAUGCAGAUAGCAACCUGGUUGGAUCUCGACAACAGAGUCAGCAUCGGCUGUGCCGGUGCCAUCAUAUCCUGCUUGCAGCGAAGACGAUCGGCGGCUUAUCUGCCAGGAGAUCCAGAUGCCAACCACAACCAGACUACCUUCCGCAUUUCCCGACUCGAAAUGUUCAGCCUCCGUGGAACCAUGCUCGUGAACAGUGACACCCUUGUCUCAUUGCAAAUCGUCCAGCCAGAGUCUCAUCCGAACGCGUUCAACCAAGGGCCUGGUGGCUCGUCUAAAGGGGCGAAAGAAUCGCUGUCCGUUUAUGGACUGUUCCAGCACCAUGCACUCACCCCACAGGGAAAAGCACGUCUCCGGCAAGCAUUCUUGCGGCCGUCUCUGGAUGUAGAGCUGAUAAAUGCCCGUCUCGACUUCAUCUCCGUGUUCGUUCGGCCGGAGAACCAGUCCGUACGUGAACAGCUCACCAAGAGCCUCGGUCGGAUCAAGAACAUGCGCAACACCGUCACUCUCCUCCACAAGGGAAUUGACGGCGGAAAGGCCAAGCAGAACGCGUUCAAAGGCAGCGUGUGGGAGUCCCUUUUGGGGUUCUGCUACCACGCCAUCGACAUUGCAGACACUCUCAGAGAGGCCCUGGGAGCAGAGCAUCUCCCCUUGUGUGUCCGAGCCGCAGGGGUCCUCGACCGACCUAGCCUCAAGAGGAUCGGCCGCUUCGUGAACGAGAUUGUUGACCGCGAAUCAUCAAUGGACCAGCAUCGCACGGUAAUCAACCGAGGCGUAAAUGAAGACCUGGACCAGUUGAAAGACGUCUACGACGGAAUGGAAGACAUCCUAAACGAAAAGGCCUGCGAUAUCCAGCGGACGAUCCCGCGAGAACUCAAUAUCGAAUUGAACGUCACCUAUCUGCCACAUCUUGGCUUCCACCUUACCAUCCCCCGGGAUCCAGCGACGGGCCGGGCUGUGUAUGAUGGUGGUGGGCAAGGAGCAUUGGCUCGGUGGCAGCUCAUGUUCACCACGCCGGCCCAGUGUUACUACAAGGACGCCACGAUGCACGAGAUGGACCACGAAUUGGGGGAUCUGUACUCCGCCAUCUGCGACAUGGAGGUCGAAAUCGCCUACGAACUGGCACAGAAUGUGCUCCGGGACGAAGACCUUUUGACCGCGGCGUCGGAUGUUUGUGGUGAGCUGGACUGCUCGCUGGCCUUUGCUCACGCCGCGCAUCAGUAUCAUCUGACUCGGCCCACAAUUACAGAGGACAACGUCAUCGAGAUCAAGGGAGGGAGACACCUGUUGCAAGAGAUGACGGUGCCAUCCUUUGUGGCAAAUGACACUUUUCUCGUCGGAGGCAAUGGAGAAGAAACUGAUCCUGCGGAAGGACCAAGCAUGAUUUUGUUGACGGGCCCCAAUUAUUCGGGCAAAUCUGUCUAUCAGAAGCAGGUCGCCCUGGCAGUAUACAUGGCUCAGGUUGGUUCAUUCCUCCCAGCCGACUCUGCAACCAUCGGCAUCACCGACAAGAUUCUCACGCGCGUCACGGCCCGAGAGACCGUGUCCAAGGUCCAGUCGGCCUUCAUGAUCGAGAUACAACAGAUCGCCAUCGCUUUAAAUUCCUGUACCCGACGCAGCUUGGUGGUGAUUGAUGAAUUCGGGAAAGGCACCGAUACAUUUGACGGGGCGGGUCUUGCUGCGGGAGUCUUUCAUCACCUGCUCUCCCUGGGACCGGAAGCACCAAAGACGCUAGUCGCUACACACUUUCACGAAAUCUUUGAGUUGGGACUCUUUCGCGGCGCAACGAAUGUCGCUUUUGCGCACAUGGAGGUUCAAGUCGAUGAAAGAGAGAGCCCCUGUGCCGGCGAAGAUAAUAGUCAGGUUACCUAUCUAUUCAAUCUUCGCCCGGGCCGCAGUAAUUUGUCCUACGGCGUCCAGUGCGCGGCGAUGAAUGGCGUCCCAGCAGAGAUUGUCGAGCGAGCCGUUGAAAUCGCUCAAUUGGCGCAACAAGGAGAGGAUCUUGUGGCGAUAUGUUCGGCUUUGAAGGAGGAUGAGAUUGAAGAGUUGAGGAGCGCUGAGCGGGCGUCGAGGAUGUUUCUCGGUGAAGAUCUUGAUCGUGAUGACUGGACGGAGGAGGAACUUGUGUCUUCCCUAGAUGCGAUGCUGGAGAUCAAUACAGUUCCUCCUGAGCAGGAGUCGAGUAUCUCGGAAUGA